AUGCCCAAGAAUUACCAGCAUGUCUUGUCCUUGGUCUUUGCCAUGAAAGAGAUUAAUGAGAAUCCCAAGAUCUUACCAAACUUAACACUGGGGUUCCACAUCUAUGACAGCUUCUUUAAUGCAAGGAUGACUUUUCAAAAUACCUUAAACCUUCUCUUCAGUCAGAAUAGGACUAUCCCCAACUACAAUUGUGAUGUCUGGAAGAACCUCAUAGCUGUCAUUGGAGGAUUGGACUCUGAAACCUCUCUUCAUGUGGCCUCUGUCUUAGGAAUUUAUAAGAUCCCACAGCUUCACCAUUUUCUGAGGAUGCUCUCCUUUAACAACACUGCUGGUGAAAAAGUUGGUUUUGAUGAGAAUGGUGAAUUAGUAGGUGGCUUUGAUAUUGUAAACUGGGUUACUUUCCCAAAUCGAUCCUUCUUAAGAGUGAAAAUAGGGAGAAUGGAUCCCCAAGCACCAGCCGAUAGACAGUUCUCCAUGAAUAAUGCAACCAUUACAUGGCACAGCAGAUUUAAUCAGGUCGUGCCCCUUGCAGUAUGUAAUGACAACUGCCGUCCAGGUUACAGCAGAAAAAGGAAAGAAGGGGAGCCUUUUUGCUGCUACGAUUGUGUUCUGUGUCCAGAAGGCAAGAUUUCAAACCUGAAGGAUAUGGAUGACUGUUCCAAAUGCCCAGAAGAUAGCUAUCCAAAUAGAGAUCAAAAUGGAUGCCUUCCAAAGCAUCUGAACUUCCUGUCUUAUGGAGAAACUUUGGGCAUCAGUUUGGCUCUUUUGUCUCUGUCUUUUUCUUUGGCCACAACUGCGGUGCUUGGAAUCUUCAUCACGCAUCGGAACACUCCUAUCGUCAAAGCCAACAACAGAGAACUCUCCUUUUCUCUCCUCAUCUCCCUCCUGCUCUGUUUCCUCUGCUCCUUGCUGUUCAUUGGCCGGCCUGAGACAGUGACCUGCCAGUUACGCCAGACUGCUUUCGGCAUCAUCUUCACAGUGGCCAUUUCUUCUGUGUUGGCAAAAACAAUCAUUGUAGUUUGGGCUUUCAUGGCCUCUAAACCAGGAUCAAAGAUGAAGAUAUGGGCAGGGAAGGGCCUUGCAAGCUCUAUUGUUGCCUGUUGUUCCUUCAUUCAAAUGUGUCUUUGCAUGGUUUGCCUGUGCACUGAUCCUCCAUUUCCAGAGGUUGACAUGCACUCUCUGGCUGAAGAAAUCAUAGUGGAAUGCAAUGAAGGAUCCGCGAACAUGCUUCACUAUAUCCUGGGCUAUAUGGGAUUUCUGGCUCUUACCAGCUUCACUGUAGCUUUCUUUGCACGGAAGCUGCCUGACUCUUUUAAUGAAGCCAAGUUUAUCACUUUCAGCAUGUUGGUCUUUUGCAGCGUUUGGGUGUCUUUUGUUCCUACUUACUUAAGUACCAAAGGGAAAUACAUGGUAGCUGUGGAGAUCUUCUCCAUCUUGGCCUCUGGGGCUGGGUUAUUGGGGUGCAUAUUUUCUCCCAAAUGUUAUGUAAUUGUCCUGAGGCCUGAAUUAAAUAGUAGAGAGCAUCUAAUCAGGAGACAUAAGUAA